UGAAGAGGAGGUCUUUUCAGGCAAACCGAUUCUCCCCACCCUUCUGCAAAGCGCUGCCAACCUACCUCAUCCGCAAACAGGCUUCUGUAAAUCUACGUAAUAUCACUCAAACUGAUUCUUUAUCACCUUAUGUGGACUUUUUUACGACUUCUUUCCAAAGAUCCACUGCGGAAAUCUCUUUGAAACGACGUGGAGCUUCUUCCUCUGCUGCUUCAAACCAGAAGUGCAAACCACAGGAAUCGGUUUGCGUGUGUGUGAGUCUGUGUGUAUUUUACACUGCAGCCUCAUUGCACACUUUUGUGCUUGUCUGGAGCUUUACAGGCCUGGAGUUUUCUUUUUUAGUUUGAACCAUGUAUCCGGUCGUAAGGAAGCUGUUUUUCACGGACUGUCAGUGUGCUGAUGAUGCAGCCAAAGUGUACGAGGAGCUGUUCGACAGACUGGACACCAACAAGGAUGGAAAAGUGGAUGUGUCCGAGCUGAGGGCAGGCCUGGCUGCUAUGGGCAUCAAAGCUGGGAAAGGAGCAGCAGAGAAAAUAGUUUCUUCUGGAGACCAAAACAAAGAUGACCGGCUGGACUUCAACGAGUUCUCCAAUUAUCUAAAAGAACAUGAGAAGAAGUUAAAGCUGACCUUCAAGAGCCUGGACAAAAACAACGAUGGUAGAGUUGACCCCUUGGAGAUCAAGCAGGCUCUCUCAGAUCUUGGGCUGGACAUCAGCAAAGAGGGGGCACAGAAGAUCCUUCAGAGUAUCGAUGUGGACGGCACCAUGACUGUGGACUGGAAUGAAUGGAGGGAGCACUUUCUGUUUAACCCCGCCACCAACCUGCAGGAGAUUAUCCGCUACUGGAAACACUCCACGGUGCUGGACAUUGGUGACAGCCUCGCCAUCCCAGAUGAAUUCACAGAAGAGGAGAAGACGACUGGGUUGUGGUGGAAGCAGCUCUCAGCGGGGGCCAUGGCAGGCGCCGUGUCCCGUACAGGAACCGCUCCGCUGGACAGAAUGAAGGUGUUCAUGCAGGUGCACGCCUCUAAAAGCAACAAGAUCAGCCUUGUCGGCGGUUUUAAGCAAAUGUUAAAGGAAGGAGGCCUGACGUCUCUGUGGAGAGGAAACGGCAUCAAUGUGUUGAAAAUCGCACCCGAGACCGCCAUUAAGUUUAUGGCCUAUGAGCAGUAUAAAAAGCUUCUGUCCAGUGAGCCUGGGAAGGUGAAAACCCACGAGAGGUUCAUGGCUGGAUCACUGGCUGGAGCCACGGCACAAACGGCCAUCUACCCCAUGGAGGUGAUGAAAACCCGCCUGACCCUGAGGAAGACCGGACAAUACUCAGGAAUGUUUGACUGUGCCAAGAAAAUCCUGCAGAAGGAGGGAGUGAAGGCAUUUUACAAGGGCUACGUUCCCAAUAUUCUGGGUAUCAUCCCCUACGCUGGCAUAGAUCUGGCAGUUUAUGAGAGCUUAAAAAACCUCUGGUUGUCUCACUACGCCAAAGACACGGCUAAUCCCGGCGUUCUGGUCCUGCUUGGCUGUGGAACCAUAUCCAGCACGUGUGGACAGCUGGCCAGCUACCCUCUGGCUCUGAUCAGAACCAGGAUGCAGGCACAAGCUUCUUUGGAGGGCUCGGAGCAGCUGCCCAUGAACCUGAUGGUGAAGAAGAUUGUAGAAAAGGAAGGCUUCUUUGGACUUUACCGUGGCAUCUUACCCAAUUUCAUGAAGGUCAUACCGGCCGUCAGCAUCAGCUACGUGGUGUAUGAGUACAUGCGGUCUGGCCUGGGGAUUCAAAAGUAGAUGCCCAGUAGGUUUCUGUGAGCAUUUAAGAGGACAUGCAGCAUUUUUAUUAUUUCAAUUUAAACAGUCAUGGCAGAAUUUGUUACCUAAAAAUCACCAAGACUCAAACUGCUGCAGACGGAUGCAUUGCAGAAGUUUUUAGAGUGUAUGCUGGGCUUUGGCUAAACUGUUGAGCCAUUCUAGAAAGAUACUGUUUACAAAUUCCUGCAGCACUCACACAGAGCUUAUAAUGAUAAAUAAGACUUCUACAAUGUAUCUGACUGUGUACAUUAACAAAUACAGCCACAGGUUUAAGGCAACUGUCAGUCUAAGGGCAAAGUUUGGUCAAUUUACUCACUUUCUGCAACCAAAGAGGUGGAUGGCAACAAACUGAUGACCAAAAGCAACUGGUAUAGGUUAAUUUUAAAAUCAAGGCAUGCUGGUUUUCUUUUGUAUAAUUGUUAAAUUGGUAGAAAUGUCAUGUUUUUAUAUCAGCAAUGUUAAGAGUUGAUCGUUUUAUGUCAGUGCACCAGAAUUAUGUCACACUUUAUUUUAAUAUUAGACCAAAAAGCACCUUAUUGUACCCAUUCAAAAGAGGAACACUUACUGAAGAGGGAUUUUUUCAAGUGAGAACAAAAGUUAUACAUGUCUUUCAAACAUAGAUCUCAAAAUAUAAGCAAGAUGUCACUGGUGGGUGAAGAUUUUCACCUACAGAUCUGAUGCAAAAUUUGAAGUGCAAUACUGUGUUUACUCUUCACUGAUUUACACUCUUAUCUGUGCUUCAGGCUAAUGGAUUUCACUCCAGUGUUUUUGGUACCACAAAGGUCUCUUUUGUAUGUUAGCCAUCAUUGGAGCACUUUUAAGGAGCUUGGUGAACAGAAGAGUAAAGUGCCUUAUAUGUUUUUUCACCCCCCCUUCAUUUUUUCUUGCCUUUUUCCCAAUAUUUGAUUAAUUAGAUGCUGGUGUUUCCGUUAAUAAAAACAUUUGAAUACA